GCUAUGAAAAACCACACAGCAGUGACAACCUUUAUUCUUCUUGGAAUAACCAAUGACCCACAGUUACAGGUGGUCAUAUUUCUUCUCCUCUUAUUCACCUACAUGUUGAGUGUCACCGGGAACCUAACCAUCAUCACUCUCAGCCUAUUGGAUUCACAUCUUAAGACACCCAUGUAUUUCUUCCUCCGAAAUUUCUCAUUUUUAGAAAUCUCAUUCACAACUGUCUGUAUCCCCAAAUUUCUUGUUAGUAUGGCAACAGGUGAUAGGUCUAUCUCUUACAAUGAUUGUGCCACACAGCUAUUUUUCACUAUUCUCUUGGGAGCAACUGAAUUCUUUCUCCUGGCUGCCAUGUCCUACGACCGCUAUGUGGCCAUCUGCAAGCCACUGCACUACACGACCAUCAUGAACCACAGGAUCUGCAAUGUGCUGGUCUUUGCUUCAUGGCUAGCUGGUUUCCUAAUCAUUUUUCCACCACUCGUGAUGGGUCUCCAGCUUGACUUCUGUGCUGCCAACACCAUAGAUCAUUUCUUCUGUGAUGUUUCUCCCAUACUGCAGCUCUCCUGCACAAACACAGACACCAUAGAGAUGAUGAUGCUUCUGUCCGCCGUCUUGACACUCCUGGUCACGCUGGUGUUGGUGAUUCUCUCCUAUACACACAUUCUCAGAACCAUUGUGAAGAUACCUUCUCCUCAACAGAGAAAGAAGGCCUUUUCUACGUGUUCUUCCCACAUGGUGGUCGUGUCCAUAUCUUAUGGAAGCUGCAUCUUCAUGUACGUGAAACCCUCUGCAAAGGAAAGAGUGUCAUUAAAUAAAGGGAUAGCCCUGUUGACCACCUCCGUUGCCCCCAUGCUCAAUCCUUUCAUCUAUACACUGAGAAACAAACAAGUGAAAGAUGCCGUUAAGCACAUGACCAAAAAGGUUAAGGUUUUCUCACUGAAGUGA